AGCCAUAACAUAUUUUGCUGUUAAAUUUGUAUUGUGCCGUGUCAAGUAAAUGUUGUGUGAAUAUAUUUGCUGUUUGAAUUUUUGCAAUUGCGUUGAAUGUUGUGAUUGACUCAGUAGAAUCUAAAUACAGGGCUUGACAUUAAUGGCCGAAUCUGGGAUAGAAACGACUGCCGCACCAGAGUGGUUGGUGAAGCUUGAAAGUCGUCGGGAACAAAUAAAAGCAAAGCUGGGCCAUGAAAGCGGCAAUGGAGCACCCUGCGUUGUUUGCGAAAGCAAAUGUCCCGGAUUGGAUUUACAUUUCUGGCGCAAGGUAUGCCGUAAUUGCAAAUGUCGCAAAGAGCAACACGAUUGCAAGGACGAUGAUGUGACUGGCUGGGCACAAUUUGAGAUACUGGGAGCGAUUCGUUCCAAAUCGGCUUACAUUAAGAUUUCAGAACUAACCGAUAAGCCAGUUCAGUUGGAUUGGAUUCCACCAAAUGUGACUCCAGAACUAGCUUCCGAUUACAUGUCGAAAUUAGGAGAGAAAAACAUUCCAAUAGCUGGUAGUGUGGCGGCAGAAAAACGCAAACAGCAGUUAGAGUAUCAGGUUCCUCCGCAUGACUUAGAUGCAAGUCUGUGCCACAAUCUCUCAGAAAAUGAGGCAUCCCAGCUAAUACAGUAUGUGGAAAAAAUUAAAAAGAAUUGUGUCGGCCAAGGAAAUGUUGUCCGUGUUGGUGAUAAUAUAAGUUAUUUGCAAAAAUCAAACAUUAAUACUGUUCCAGUUCCCUCCGCGCUGCUGAAAAACGCACUUAUGAAACGGCUUAUGAGUUCAGAACUUAUACAAGCAGCAAUUUCUGGUGAAACAGUCACAACCGAUCAACCAUUGUGCCUACAAAACGAGGCUAUGAAAGCAGAUUUCAUCGGCAGUCCAUUACUAUCCGACAAGACUAAAUAUAAAUUAAAAUUAAUGAAAGUUAAUACGGAUGCAAUUCAAAGCGUAGUGGAACAUGGAGCUAAGCUCGAUGUUGUUUUUAGUUCGCUUAAUUCCAGAGGAAUACAUUAUCACGAGCAUUGUCAUUUGCUUGGUCCCCUGGAACGCCUAAGGCAAGAAUACAUUAGUAACCCAAAAUUUAAGUCGGAAAUUGAUAACUUUGUUGCCGGUUCUACAGAUUUACAUGUGUAUAAAAAAAUGACGGAGGAUGUUUUUAACUCUCCACUACCCGUGAAAAAUUUUGCACGGCGUGAAGCGCCACAACAUCGAGAAACGCCACUAAGAAAACUAAAAUUGGAUGAACAACUUGCACCAACGCUUACAUUUUCUAAAGAAUGCCAAGCUGCGAUAAAAAAAGAUUCCGUGCUAGCAUCCAUUCUCAACUCUGAGCCAUUACGAUCAGUCUUACAUGCCCCGGUUUACGGUGGAUCAUUGAUUAUAACUAAAACUUCUUUGUUUCCGGAUUUCAUAAGCAGCCCUUUUCUGUCACCCACUUCUAAAGCUCGCUUGGAGACAAUGAAAAUAAACACACAAACUAUUCAGAGUGCUGUCUUAAAUGGGCCUUUUUACGAUGAAUUGUUGUCCGAACUGAAUAGAUGCGGAAUAAACUACGCUCAAGAUUGCUUUCUUCAACCAAUCGAUGAUUUUAGAGAUGAGUUUCUCAGCUAUGACAGUGACAAUGAUUUCCAAAAAGAAAUAAUAGAUUUUAUAAAAAAUUCGGAUCUCUCAACUUUUGGUUUGACUCCAGCACAGGUUCAAGAAAUAGUCAGAAUAGGAAAAGCACAAAACUCAAAUCAAUUACUUACUGAUAUUUUGUCUUCUCCUACCAUUCAAGACGCUUUAAAUUCAGGUCUCCAACCGGGUAGUGUACUACGAUUGACGAAUAUUCCAAUGGGUAAUAAUCUACAAAAUUCUAAAUUACCUGAAGUAAUCAAGGAUAAAUUGAACAACAUGAAAAUUGAUAAGCAAGCGGUUGAAAGUGCGAUUGUUUGCGGUCCUUUAUAUGAUAAAUUAUUCCAUCGGCUAAAAAGAAAUGGUAUCAACUACCACCAAGAUUCAGUUCUAGGUCCAAUCGCACAAUUUAGAAGUGAAUAUCUUGCUGAUGAUCUCUUUCGUAAGGAAAUGACACGUUAUGUUUCACACCCUGAACCGUGUCUUUUAGAUUCAGCUACCAUCCAAGAAUUACAGGAAAAUGAUGAACGCCUUGCUCACCAAUUAUCUGGAAUGCACGUUUCACACAGUGAGGAUUCGGGUUUUGGAUCGAUUCCACCCACUCCAAAUUAUUCCACUUACCCAGGUGUGGUCAGUUCAACAAAUGUCAGCGAAAUAACUGCAAGGGAAGGAGUUUUUUCUUCCAUCCCAGCUAUCGAACAGAUGAAUAUGUACCCCGAGAUUCGCCAAAGUCAAAUGACAACUGCAUCUAUUGCUGCAACUAAUCCUUUUGCUCAAUCAGUUCAUGAAAAAGUUGAUCAACUGCCACUAUCUCCUGUCGAUGAAAUAGCCUGUAGCGGAUGCAAGCAAAGUAUUAAAUUUGGAGAAGUUGCUGUGAGGGCAGAACGCGCUGGGGGUAGUGCCGCAUGGCAUCCGCAAUGCUUCAAAUGCUACAAAUGUGAUGAGCUACUUGCUGAUUUGGUAUACUUCUAUCAUGGUGGUCAUGUGUAUUGUGCUCGAGAUUUGGCAGAUAUAUUGAAAAUUCCUCGUUGCUCUGCUUGUGACGAGCUGAUUUUUACCAAAGAAUAUACUGCGGCUGAAGGGGCUACAUUCCACAUUAAACAUUUUUGCUGUUAUCAAUGCGAUGCACCAUUAGCCGGACAGCAAUAUGUGCCCGAUGAAAAAUCCAACAUGCCUCUCUGCUUGACCUGCUAUGAAACAUACUUUGCAAAAUCAUGUCACAAUUGUCAGGAAAUUAUUGGACCUGCCGAACAAGGAGUUGCUUGGGGCAUCAUUCACUGGCAUGGGGCGUGUUUUCUUUGCAGCGGAAAAAAUUGUGGCAAGUCACUCAUUGGUGGCAGAUUCUGUGUGAGAAACGAAAUGCCUUUUUGCAGUUCUCAAUGUUUGAAAAGUAAGAUUACGUGAACAGUAUUUGUUUAUUACUAACAUAAAGACUAAAGCACAAGGUGCUUGAAAGCAUAAUCCGUAUCUCCUGUUUCCACUAAACGAAACGACGAAACAACACUUUCCCUAAAGUUUAUACAAAACUUCUCAGUGCUAGAUAUACGUGCCAGAAACACAGAAUGUUCAAACGAUUUUAUACUUCUAUACGAAUAUACUUUGAUAGGCAUUUAAAAGAAAUAUAUUUAAAAUUUUGACAAAUAGCUAGUUUUCCUCGGCAUAUUUAUUAGAUAAAAUCCAUAUUUUAAUUUUUUUUAAAGAGGGGGAUGUUUUGUGAUGAAUUAAUUAUUUACUAAUAUUUAUUCAAAAUUUAUAUUGUGUGCUCUGCCACAAACGGUGACAUAUCAACACUAUUUUAAAGAUAGUAAUUGCCUCCGCAGUAAAGUGAAUAUAAUUGUAGGAAAAUUGUA